UCAUUCUCUUUCUGUCUCUCCCUCUCUUUCUCCCUCUCAUUGUUCCUCACACCGAGUCGCCGCCAGGCUUCGUACGCGCUUGACAAAUGACCAGCCGGCUGCUUUUUGAACGGCGAGCGCACAAAGAGAAAAAACUUGGUUCUCACAAGCCAAAAAUGGGCUAGAAUCGGAAGACGUUCGAUUACUUCAGGGCUUGAUUCAAAAGCCUUGGAAGAAAGCGAGAGUGACCUAAUUGGGAUGAGAGUUCAAAUCAAGUGAGCGGCCAGAUUGGACCUUUAAAGCGGCUUAAAAGAAGGAAGAAACCUACACUACCACGUUCUGGUGGUGCGUUUAUGGUCGUGGUGCGUUUGUGGACGCGCACCUUUCAGGAGGGGCGCAGGUGUACGCGCGGCGGAUGGAAAUCGAAUCAGCUAUGAAGUAAGUCGGAACCAAGAGAGGGGUGUGAAAGGUUUGGUUCGGAAUCUGUGGAGGACUGGAGGGAGGCCCUCGCCGCCUCCGACGCCGGGAUGGAAGGCACAAGUCGGCCGGAGCCCAGAAGCGUCACCGGGAAGCCCUCUGCCUCACACCCGGGGAGCCUCCACCUGCCUUGGGCUGUGUUCUUCCUCGUCGCGCUCACCAUGCAACCACAGACGGUUUGCACGGUUGGGAUGUUCGAGCUGCAGAUCCGCCACUACCAGAACCCCAACGGACUUCUACUGAACGGAGACUGCUGCGACGUCCCGGUCGGCGGCGGUCAGCGUUGCUCUCCUCGAGACCAGUGCGACACAUUUUUCCAAGCUUGCCUCAAGGAGUACCAGGCCCGCGUGGCACCGACCGGGGCAUGCACCUUUGGCUCGGGCGGCACGGGGAUCCUGGGAGGAAAUUCCCAGUCGCUUCACCAUCGCGCUCAUGACGGAGGAGGUGGAGGAGGAGAUGAUGGGACUAAUGGAGUCAUUGUCAUUCCCUUCAAAUACGCCUGGCCAAAAUCUUUCUCUUUGGUGUUAGAGGCUCAGGAUGAUGACAACAGCACAUCACAACCAGAUCAGCUGAUUGAGCGUGUUCUUCUCUCCUCCAUGUUGAAUCCCGGAGACCAGUGGCAGGCUUACCGCCAUCACGGUCGCUCCUUCAGCCUGGAGUACCGCCUACGCUUUCGCUGCGAUUCCAACUACUACGGGCCCUUCUGCAACAAGUUCUGCCGGGCCCGCGACGACUUCUUUGGACACUUCAACUGCGAUCCCAGCGGCUCCAAGGUCUGCAUUGAGGGCUGGAUGGGUCCUGAAUGCAAAGAAGCAAUGUGCAAACAAGGCUGCCACCAGGCCCACGGCUCUUGCACUGUACCCGGGGAAUGCACCUGUCACUACGGUUGGACGGGGUCUUUGUGUGACCAGUGUGUGACCUUCCCCGGCUGUGUGUACGGGAGCUGCGUUGAACCCUGGCAGUGUGUUUGUGACGUCAACUGGGGAGGUCUACUGUGUGACAAAGACUUGAACUACUGUGGGACUCACCAACCUUGCAAAAACGGCGGGACCUGCACCAACACGGAGCCCAACGAAUACCAGUGCGACUGCCAGGAAGGUUUCCUGGGGCGCAACUGUGAUAUCGUUGAACACGCGUGCCUAUCGUCGCCGUGCAUGAACGGCGCCACCUGUGUCGAGGACUCCACGGGUUUCAGCUGCUCCUGUGCAGAAGGCUGGACUGGGAAGACCUGCGCAGAUGCGGUGAAGCAGUGUGACCGAAGCCCCUGCGGACAAGGCUCGACAUGUCAGGAGGUUCCAGGAGGUUACCGAUGCCUUUGCACGCCUGGAUGGAGCGGGAGAACCUGCCAGCUAGACACGGAUGAGUGUGAAAUGAACAUAUGCCUCCAUGCCCGCUCCUGCCGCAACCUGAUUGGUGGAUACCUGUGUGACUGCCUUCCUGGAUGGGUGGGGCCAAACUGUGACAUCAAGAACAGCAGCUGUCAGGGGUUAUGCCUCAAUGGUGGACGAUGUGAGGAGCAGAUGCUAGGGUCCAAAUGUUUGUGCAAGCCUGGCUUCUCUGGGAGACACUGCCAAAUCCGCCACAAGGCCUGUGAUAGCGCACCCUGUUUGCACGGAGGGCAGUGCGCGGAAAAAGAUGACCACACUGCUGCCUGCGAAUGCCCUUUGGGGUAUUCUGGAAUCUUCUGUGAGGUUGUGUUGGAUCCUUGCAAUCCUAACCCCUGUUUGCAGGGGAUGCCCUGUCACAAUGUUGAUGGCAGGUACAUGUGUGCCUGUCCUGAGGGAUACUACAGUAACGAGUGCCUGAGCCUCAAGAAUCCCUGUUUUGGCCCACAUUGUCCAGGUGCUAUGUCAGAUUCCAAAGGAGGCAUCAGCUUCUACAUGAUCCUAGUGGGCAUCCUGGCGUUGGUAUUGCUGUGCGGUUGUGCCACGUGUGCCUUCGUCCUCACUCGCCUACAGAACAAGCGAAAAAAACAACAGUCCGUCCCGCAGGAGGAAGCCAUCAACAACCAGCGGGAGUACGUCAACCUCAUCCGAAACCUGGACCGGUUACUCCCCCCGCCGCUCCCACCUCCCGCCGUGCCGUCGGUUCAAUCGCCAACCGGCGCCGGAGCCGCUACUCCUCACUGCUACGAGGAAAUCGAGCUGACUCUCCCGCCUUCUCCGGCCCCGUCGCACUCAUCGUCCUCUGGGUUGAAGCUGGCCCGAGCCCCAAAAGUGGACAUUUCCAACCGGGAGCGGGAGAAGCUGAAUCGCAUACACUGCACAGACAACCAGGAACUCCAAGUGUGACCCUUGACGCUCAUUUUAUUUCGCAUACUUUGCACUCUUUUGCUCACAGGGUCCACGUUCCUUCAUUGAAACUUUUCAGAUCAUGAACUUGGACGCUUCAUCUUAACUCAUUCACUGCCAUUGAUGUCGAUAGACGUCUAAUUCAUUUGAACUUGGAGAGGCUAUCGGGGUCAAUGGCAGCCAAUGUGUAAAGUCCUACAAAAUGUUUGUACUUGUGGAAAAAUCUGAGCGGGCGAUCAAUGACCAUAUGAAUGGAUGAUUAUUUAAAGUCCAACUGGAUGAAUGUGAGUUUAUUUAAAACAGCCCGCACACAUAUUGCUCUAUUUACAGAGGGAGGAAUUCACUUUCCACUACUUUUAACUGGACCUGGCCUGAGAUUAGCGCAUUUAAGGCUGUACAAUGUAUGAAAUAUAUAUAAAGCCACAAACCUCGGAGUUGUGCUUUAAGGCCUCAUGACAUUUUUUUUAAGUAUACACUGUUGCCUGUGUCGUCUCUGUGAUGCUACUUUUUUUCAUUUCAGAUGUAAAAUAGUUUUUGUACAUAAAUAUAUUGUACAUAUUGAUACCUCCCUGUUUUUUGUACCGUGGUUCUGUCUGAGAGUAUCGCUGUUGUUUUACUGGCAGUAUGUAAUAAAAGUGCAUUUAACAGUUUGCAUUUCUUGAAGCUUAAUUGAUUGUUA